GCCCUGUAGUAUGAGUAACCUUAGACCUGUUACUGAAGAUUUACUUAGUGAGUUUGUGGCACACUGCUCUUCUAAACUGGCAGGUGUCAGAUUUUUCUACAUGCAAUCGGGAGGGGCAAAUCCGUUAUGAGAUUGCUGUUAUAAAUGACCAAGGUUGGAAUCCAUAUGUAGAGGAGUUAAGACAUCACAGGCUGUUUCAAAUCACCACCGACAUCCUAUUACAUGCCCUAUUUUAAAACAAAUAUGCUCAGUUCUACAUGGUGAAUGCUUCUCCUCUUACAUUGACUUAUUAAUGCAAGCAGCAUGCUCCCUAGCUUUAUUUGGAUUCCAGCGUGGUGGGAAAUUUACCAGUGAAACAGAAUCCUUUGACCCAAACUCAUUCCUGUAUCUUUAUGACAUCUUUUUUUUGAGAAUUCCAUUGUCGAGGGUUUUUGUCAUUUGCAAAUUGAAAUCUGUUCUCACCAAAGCAGGCUACCCAGACUACGGCGGUCACUCCUUUAAGAUAAGAGCUGCUACUGAAGCUAGUUAUGCAAGACUUGAGGAUCACGUUAUUAAAACUUUAGGUAGAUGGUCAUCUAACUGUUACACAGCGUAUAUCAAAACACCCUCAUCUGUUCUAUGCCAAGCACAAAAAUCCCUAUGUGGACAUUAGUCUGAGGUAUUUAGUGCGUAUAUUGUGUGGGGGAACUCUGCUGACUUGUCACCUUUCACACUUUGAAUACAUUUACCUUCUUCAUAUAGAUUAAUUUUUACUGGUUUUAAUCGGCCCUGGAUAGGCUAAGAGCUCUGAACCAGAGCUUUUGCUAGGUCAGCCCUCACUGGGCUUAGAGCUGAGAGCUGAGAGCUGGAGCUUUUGCUAGGUCAGCCGUCGCUGGGCUGAGACCUCUGAGCUAGAUCUUAUGAUAGGUGAGCCAUCCCUGGGCUAAGACCCCUCAGCUAGAGUUUAUGAUAGGUCAGCCCUUGCUGGGUUACAGCUCACCCUUGACAUGCAUAUUUAUAGUCUAGGAAAUUACUUAGGUCAAAAUUUUGGUGCAAGUGGCUGAGUUUCCCCGUAUGCCCAAAGAUAUUAGUAAAGGAAAUAUAUUAGUAAAUGAAAUAUAUUAGUAAAUGAUGUAAAAAUGUUGCAGUUGUUGUGAUGUUGUUUUUCUGUUCACUAAUACAUUUACUGGUAUUUCAUCUCUGUGCCCAAUAUAAUGUUAUGAACAUUUCUGAGCUCUACUUAAUCGCCACUGUCAGUUUAGUAACCUUACAGUUGAAAUCUGCAUUGUGUAUACAACCAGAUGAUGCGCUAAACAACAUAUGUUCUUGUAUGUGGUAUUCAUUGAUGAUAUCUGAAUACACAUAUUAGUGAUUUGUAUUUG